ACGGCCGCGGGCCCCGCCCCCCUGCGCCUGGCCGCCGCCGCCGCCUGGCACGUGGUGCGCCUGCGCCGCUCCCCCCACUACCCGCGCGUCCUGCAGCUGCUGAGCGUACUGGACGCCGCCGCCCCCGGCCUCGUCCGCUACCGCCACCACGCGCGCCUCUGCCUCGGCCUGCGGGCCAAGAUGGUGGUGGAGCUGAUCCUCGGAGGGCAGCCCUGGCCCCGGGUCUUGGAUGCCCUGAACCACCACUUCCCCAAAACCAGCCCCGCGGAGCGCCACCCCAACGCGACGGAACGGGACCUGGUGAAAAUCCGCGAGGCCCAAGACUCCUUCUGUGAGCUGGUGUGCCAGCUGGCCAAGGCGCCGGCGGGCCGGGGGCCCCGGCUGCAGGACCUGGAGCAGGAAUAUGGAGAGACCUUCCUGGUCGCCUUGGAGAAGCUGCUGUUCGAAUACCUGUGCCGGCUGGAGACGGCACUGCCCGCUCUGCAGCCGGACCAGCUGCAGAAGGUGCUGAAGAAGCUCGAGCCCGGAGCCGCCGACUCCUUCCCCCCGGCCCUGGGCCGGUACUGCACGGACCUGGGCUGGCCGCCUUCAGAGUUGCCCGCCGCGGGGCCGGCGGCCGAGCCGGGGCCUCCGGAGCGGGAUCCCCCUCCCGCGCCCCGCCCGGGAUCAUCCGGCCAGCCCCCCCGCCGCUCGGCCAGCCCCCCACGCGCCCACAGGCCCAAGGCCCCGGCCGGGAGGAGGCGGCCCGAGGCCCAGACGGGCCGGGACUUCAACCUGGCCCCCCUGGGUCGGCGCCGGGCCCACGGUCAGCACCAGCGAGCCCUCGCCAAGACGAGCCAGAAGGAGCGGCCCACGGCCAUGCUGUCCCCGUUCAGGAGCCUCUGCCUUCCGGCCCCGCGGAAGGACAGAACCCAGCCCCCGCGGCCCGGGGCGGGGCCGGCCGGCGCCCGAGACCCCGACGAGGCCCCCGGGGACGGGGGCCGCAGGCCGGCGCCCCCGCCGGAGCGGGCGAAGCGGGCGGAGGAGCCCCUCUGCGAACACAAGGAGAACCUCUUGCACUGUGCCCCGGAGCCUCCGUGGCCGACGCUCUCCGAGACCAGGGUGCCGGAGCCCGUGCCCUCUCCGGACACCCUCGGUGACCUGGUGCUGGACUCCGAAGACGAAGGGAGUGGCCAGCGGGCCGCCAAGAAGUCUCUGGAGAACUAUCAGAAGACCAAGUUUGACACGCUGAUCCCCACCUUCUGUGAAUACUUCUGCCCAGCCGAGCGCCGCGGGGCGUCCGCUCCCACCUCUCCCCGGGGCCCCGCCGACCGCCCCCGGCGGAGGCCGCUCUGACGCCCAGACCCGAGACUGCCCACCGGGCCCACCUCUUCUCCUCCUCGGCGGUGGGACGGGAGGGACGGAGAGAGGAAGGAAGGUGCCGCUUUUAACCGAGAUGGAUUAAAGUCUAUAUUGGCCAAA